GAUUCUUAUUGGAAAACAAUCCAGCAACUUUACCUACAAGUUUGGGUUUAAAAACUUGGCCUUUUGCUGGCUGAAGAAUCAGAACACUUUAUUGACUACAGCUUCAUUCACUCUGUUCAACAUGCGAUUCUUUUCAAAAGAGUCGGCUCAAAAUCUACUUACAAAAAAGUCGGAUUGGCCUACACUGGCUGUUGGCUUAUCACUCUUUCAGGCCAUUGCAAUUACUUUCCUGGAAUCGUUUCUCAUAUACAAGGUUGCCUAUCAUUUAGACCAAGCGUUUUCUCAAUCCACAUCAGGAUACGCUCCUUUUGUAGUCAUUUACUUGUCGCUAUUUAUAUUUGCGCUCUGGUUCCAAGUCUAUGGUGCAUUGGAUGCAUUUUAUCAUCGAAACUCUAUUCAAGUUAUUGCGGUAACUCUGUUCAACGCAGUGACAGUCAUCUAUUCUAUCAGUCAAAUCGUUCAACUGUCCAAUCUGAGGUUUUGCUUGGUGACAUAUCUGGAUAUUUUUCACCAAAAUCAUACUACUAGCGACGCAUACCAACAGGUCUACUCUUUGGAACAGGAUACUACAAAGACAUGCCGGUUUUCAUCCGUGAAAAUGGUAAACGGCACGUUUUCACCUUCCUACGUUGCAAUAUCCAGCGUGUAUCCUCCCGAAGUGAUCGCUCUAAACCUGGGUGUAGUAUUGGGGGCAUUUGAAACCGCCGUGUUCAUUGGGUAUGGCAUCAUUGUGGUGAUGGUGCUCUGCAGCCUUGUUGGACUGUUUUUGUCUUUCAAAACAUUUGGAGUCUAUGGUUGGUCUAUUUAUCAAAUACAAGGGGCUGACAUUGAAAAACGAGAAAUUUUAAAAAGAUACUACAUUUUUGCAACGACCAUGAAGUUCAACGUAUUCUUCUUUCUUGGAAUUAUUGCUCAAAUUGGAUUUGCCGCUUACUUUAAAAACAAAGUGGCCACAGUCAAUGCCCUUGAUGAUGAUGGUAGACUACAUGCUACUUUGGAACGGAAUCGACUACAAUUAUGGGGGUAUGGCGCCAUUACCUUGUUCACAUCACUCUUUUACUUUGUUCUCGGAUACCUCGGUAUGCGACGUACAAAUUUUUUGAUGAUGUGUGCGUUUCUGGUCAUGAUGGUUGUGUAUAUUGCCGCAGUUUUUUAUUUCCUUAUUCAAGCAAAUAAUGAUCCAGAUUUAAGCAUUACACGGAUUUGGCUCACUGUAUUUGCUGCAUUCCAAAUUCUACUCAAUCUAAUCACUCUCUAUAGUGCAAUUGCUUCAAUGCGAGAUUUUUCUAAAGGAUUGAAAGACAUUGUGCAAUCUGUUAUUGUUAUAAAAUCUUCAACAGAUGCCAAGCAAAUGGAGUCGACAGACCAUUCACGGAUGAUUUUAGACUAACCAUUUCAAUUCUAUCAUAAUCUUGUUUAUCUUUUAAUUCAUACUAUCACUGCUUUUAAUACAAUUGCCAUAUCUUUAACGAGACGGAUCAUUUGCAAUAGACAGUAAUAAAAGUUGUUAAUACCCU